GCAGAUGGACAGGCCACUCGAUGAAUAUGGAUGAGAGCAGUGAAAAGGGUGAUGCGGCAGGGAAGACCCCCCCCUCCUCCUUCACACCGAUGCAGGCUCGAACAAUGCGUGCCGUCUUUCACUGAAAACACGGAGAGUCUGCAUUAGCAUUUUUGCAGACAAUUGAGGCUGUGGCCAGCUGCAGGCAUGACUCGGACGCUGCGGUGAAAUCUCUUUUUCUGCACCCGCCGAUGAAACAGACCUCAGUGGGGAGAGAGAGAAAAAAAAAAAGGUCCGGCGGCCACAUUCCUCAACACUACGGUCGCACCUAUGCCGAGGGUAACGUUAAGACACCCUUUUGAGAUUGUGUCCCGGCAUUGAUGGCGAUCUGACACAGGACCGGAGAAGCAGCAGAUCUCAGAAUGGAGGAGGGUGAAUACUUCCUGAAGGUGCUGAUUCCCAGCUAUGCAGCCGGCUCUAUCAUCGGCAAGGGCGGCCAGACCAUUGUACAACUACAGAAAGAGACGGGUGCCACCAUUAAGCUGUCGAAAUCCAAAGAUUUCUACCCAGGAACAACAGAGCGCGUCUGUCUGAUACAGGGUACCGUUGAAGCCCUCAACGGUGUCCACAACUUCAUUGCCGAGAAAGUCCGCGAAAUGCCCCAGAGUGCUCAGAAGCCAGAACCGGUCAGCAUACUGCAGCCGCAGACCACCGUCAACCCCGACCGUAUCAAACAGGCCAAACUGAUUGUGCCCAACAGCACAGCUGGGCUGAUUAUUGGCAAGGGAGGAGCUACAGUGAAAGCGGUGAUGGAGCAGUCAGGGGCUUGGGUGCAGCUCUCCCAGAAGCCGGAGGGCAUCAACCUGCAGGAGCGAGUGGUAACAAUCAGCGGGGAGCCUGAGCAGAACCGUAAGGCAGUAGAGAUCAUAGUCCAAAAGAUCCAAGAGGACCCUCAGAGCAGCAGCUGCCUCAACAUCAGUUAUUCCAACGUCUCCGGGCCGGUCGCUAACUCCAACCCCACCGGAUCCCCGUACGCCAACACGGCCGAGGUGCUGCCUAACGCAGCAGCGGCAGCCGCCACCGCCUCCAGUCUUCUGGGCCAGGCCGGCUUGACAGGAAUGGGAGCCUUCCCUGCCACCAUGUCUAGCUUCUCUGGCAACGACCUCCUGGCCAUCACAUCAGCCCUCAACACGCUGGCCAGCUACGGCUACAAUACCAACACCUUGGGCUUGGGCCUUAACCCCGCAGCAGCCUCCGGUGUCCUCGCCGCAGUCGCGGCCAGCGCUAACCCGGCGGCCGCCGCCGCAGCUAACCUCUUAGCCUCCUAUGCUAGCGACGCCUCCGGCGGCGCCGGCCACCCGGCAACGGGGCUGGGCGGUUUCUCCCUGGGUUCUCUCGCGGCCGCUACAGGUGCUUCCAACGGUUACCUAAACGCUUCGUCCCCACUGAUGGCCUCCUCCCUAUUAGCCACAGAGAAGCUCGCAGACGGAGCCAAGGACGUGGUUGAAAUUGCUGUACCCGAAAAUCUGGUGGGUGCCAUUUUGGGCAAAGGAGGAAAAACGCUGGUCGAGUACCAGGAGCUAACAGGAGCCCGCAUCCAGAUCUCCAAAAAGGGAGAGUUCAUCCCUGGUACUCGGAACCGUAAAGUCACCAUAACAGGGUCGCCAGCAGCUACACAAGCAGCGCAGUAUCUGAUCAGCCAGCGGAUCACGUAUGAGCAGGGCGUGCGUGCUACCAACCCGCAAAAAGUGGGUUAAAAGA